GUUUUAUUAAUUCCCAAAUUCCCAUAACACAGCAAAGGCUACGAUUUAUAUCAACAGCAUCAUGUCUGCAGAUCUGGAUCUGUCUCCUCCGGAGGUUCCCGAACCCACUUUCUUCGAGAGUCUCUUGCGUUAUGGAUUAUUUCUAGGAGCCAUUUUUCAACUCAUCUGCAUUUUAGCUGUAAUUAUACCCACAUCCAAGAGCCACGAACAGGUGGAGCCGUCGGAGCCGGUUGACACUCGCAGCUCUGAGCAGAACCGCAAGCCAAAGGGACCCGUUCUACAAAUCCGACAGAAACUGAAAAAGGAGAGCAAGAAGAAGAGAUAGUGUGUGUGUGUGUGUGUGUAUAGACUGCCUGACUGAGUGAAUAUAAAUGAGGGAAACAUUAAAGGUGCAGCAGGAACCUUGUGUAAGGAUUCAGCUGUGGAUCUGAUCAACUCGCGGAUGAUGAAUUGACUUACAGCAGCAUUAGAGGAUGUGGAUGCAACGAGAUAUUGUGUAGUUCAGACAUUAUAACAUCUGAUUUCAGUUCGGAUGUUGCCACGUACUUCAAAACAGUGUUUUUGUUUCACACAUUAUAUAAGUAUCAGUGUUUUUGGAUAAUCUAGUGUUAUUUUAAGUACCUACAUCUGAAUAAACUGAUUGUCUGUUC